AUGGCCGGCAGCACGGCCAAGCCCAUGCCAGCCCUCUACUCAGGGAGCGUCCUCCCCAAUGUGGUCACCAUGCUGCCCCUCAUCUCUUUCGGCUUCGUCCUUGGCAUGGUCUGCACCGCCAACUUCCACGAUUCUUAUCUCCCUCCUUUCCUGCAGCCGUUGCCAUCACUCCUACGCUCGCCGUCACCACCGCCCCCGCCCGCAACUGCGCCCGCGCCGUCGCCGGUGAUCACAGUGUUACCCUCACAGUCACCCUCGCCAUCCCCGGAGACAGCGUGCGUCGUCGGCCCACCAUUGCCGUCUCCUCCCUCGACGCCGUCCCCGCCCGUGGUCUUGGGGUUCACGGACCUCCUCGCGCCGAGUGGCGGCCUCAUGCACAACAUGACGGACGAGGAGCUGCUCUGGAGGGCGUCCAUGGUGCCGAUGAUCGCCCGCGUGCCGUGGCACAUCGUGCCCAAGUUGGCAUUCCUGUUCCUCGUGAGGGGGCACAUGCCGCUCCGGCCAUUGUGGGAGAAGUUCUUUGCCGGACACGAGGGGCUCUACUCCAUCUACGUGCACGCGAACCCCACCUACACCGGCUCGCCGCCGGCAGACUCCGUCUUCUACGGCCGCAUGAUCCCAAGCCAGAGCGCCAGCUGGGGCGACAUGAACCUGGUGGACGCGGAGCGGCGACUGGUGGCAACGGCGCUGCUGGACCUCGGCAACGCGCGGUUUACGCUGCUGUCGGAGACAUGCAUCCCUCUCCUGUCCUUCCAGGCCGUCUACGACUUCCUCACCGGCUCCAACGCCAGCUUCAUCGAGAGCUACCCAACCCGUUGGCGGCACGACCCCUUCUUCAACGAACGCAACGUCAGCCUCGCGCAGUGGCGGAAGGGGGCGCAGUGGUUCGAAAUGGACCGGGCGAUCGCCGUGGAAGUCGUCGCCGAGGAGCAGUACAUGGCCGUGUUCCGCGGCGACCACGGCAUCGCCAACAUGGAGGGGCACUACCUGCCGACACUGGUGAGCCUGCUGGGCUGGGGGGCGCGCGCCGCGAACCGGACCCUCACGUACGUCAACUGGCAGAAACAUGGACCGCACCCGGCGAGCUACGGCGGGAGAGCCGUCACGGCGGAGCUGUUGGAGGGAAUGAGGCGAGGGAACAGGGAGUGCGGCUACGGCGGCUGGGCGGUUGAGAUCUGCUUCAUGUUCGCGCGCAAGUUCUCCGGGGACGCGCUCGGCAAGCUGCUCGAGCUGGCUCCUAAGGUCAGGGGCUUCGGCUGACAUUUUGUAUGUACUGUGUAAUAAUAAUCGCUAUUUUGUGUUUUUAUUUCCGCAAAUGGAAAAGGUUUAUUUGAUUUUUAGUUGUGCUAGAUUGUAUU